UGUCCUGGGUUGGGGGAGCAUCACAGAUGCUCAACUGGGGGCCAGAGAAAGGCAGUUGGGCUGCAUUCCUCCCCUCCCCCGCCACCCUACUCUACCCCAGGGUCAGAGAUUCUUGGGAAUGACCUUGACUCAUCCCCUAUUUCUUGCUCUGCCCCUGCCCACUUACCAGAAAAGAGGAAGAACCAGGCUAGAUUAACAGGCAGCUAGUUCCCCAGUAAGUACUUACAGUGUGGCUGACUCCUGUGCCAGGCCAUUCCCCUUGUCCCAGACUGUAGCUACUUGCUGUGUGCCUUUCUUGUACCUUAGUUUCCCUUUGGGGAUAAUGGCAGGGAGAGGCUCCAUGGUUUCCUCACUGGCGUGUCAGGGCUGUGAUUCUGCUAAGGAGCUUCCCUGUGUGAGCCCGCGCUUCCUCCGAGCCUGGCACCCCUCUCCUAUCUCUGCCAGGAUGCCAACGAGGCGCUGGGCCCCGGGCACCCAAUGCAUCACCAAGUGUGAGCACACCCGCCCCAAGCCAGGGGAGCUGGCCUUCCACAAGGGCGAUGUGGUCACCAUCCUGGAGGCCUGCGAGAGCAAGAGCUGGUACCGCGCCAAGCACCACGCCAGUGGGCAGGAGGGGCUGCUGGCGGCCAGCGCGCUGCGGGAGCGCGAGGCCCUCUCUGCCGACCCCAAACUCAGCCUCAUGCCGUGGUUCCAUGGCAAGAUCUCAGGCCAGGAGGCCGUGCAGCAGCUGCAGCCGCCUGAAGACGGGUUGUUCCUAGUGCGCGAGUCCGCUCGGCACCCCGGUGACUAUGUGCUGUGUGUGAGCUUUGGCCGCGACGUUAUUCACUACCGCGUGCUGCACCGCGACGGCCACCUCACCAUCGACGAGGUCGUCUGCUUCUGCAACCUGAUGGACAUGGUUGAGCAUUACAGCAAGGACAAGGGGGCCAUCUGCACCAAGCUCAUGAAACCAAAAAGGAAGCAGGGCACCAGGUCGGCAGAGGAGGAGCUGGCCAAGGCUGGCUGGUUACUGAACCUGCAGCAUUUGACGCUGGGAGCACAGAUUGGAGAGGGGGAAUUUGGAGCUGUCCUGCAGGGUGAGUACCUGGGGCAGAAGGUGGCCGUAAAGAACAUCAAGUGUGAUGUGACAGCCCAGGCCUUCCUGGAUGAGACAGCUGUCAUGACGAAGAUGCAGCACAAGAAUCUAGUGCGACUCCUGGGUGUGAUUCUGCACCAGGGGCUGUACAUCGUCAUGGAGCAUGUCAGCAAGGGAAACCUGGUAAACUUCCUGCGCACCCGGGGCCGGGCCCUUGUGAACACCGCCCAGCUCCUGCAGUUUUCUCUGCACGUGGCAGAGGGCAUGGAGUACCUAGAAGGCAAGAAGCUGGUGCACCGAGACCUGGCUGCCCGCAACAUCCUUGUCUCCGAGGACCUGGUGGCCAAGGUCAGUGACUUCGGCCUGGCUAAGGCCGAGCAGAAGGGGCUAGACUCAAGCCGGCUGCCGGUCAAGUGGACAGCGCCUGAGGCUCUCAAACAUGGGAAGUUUACCAGCAAGUCAGAUGUCUGGAGUUUUGGGGUGCUACUCUGGGAGGUCUUCUCAUAUGGACGGGCUCCAUACCCCAAGAUGUCACUGAAGGAGGUGUCUGAGGCUGUAGAGAAGGGGUAUCGCAUGGAGCCCCCUGAGGGCUGUCCAGGUCCUGUCCAUGCCCUCAUGGGCAGCUGCUGGGAAGCAGAGCCUGCCCGCCGGCCACCCUUCCGCAAACUGGCUGAGAAGCUGGCCCGGGAGUUGCGCAGUGCAGGCACCUCAGUCCCUGCUGGGGGGCAGGAGGCCGACGGCUCCACUUCACCCCAAAGCCAGGAGCUCUGAUACCACCCGGUGGGGUCGUGGGCCCCAGAAGACCGAGAGAGUGGGGAGCACAGUUCAAAGGCACAGUCUGGGCCUAGGGAGAGUCACAGCCAAAGAGCUGCCCUCUCAGGCAGG